GCACACGAGUUCUUCCACCAACAAUUGCAGUCGAUGCAGAGUGAUGCAACGCGGGGUUCUUGUCUAGCGAGAGGUGGCUGAGGCUGAGGAACGUCUGCAUAAACCACCAAGACUAUAUCCAUCAGGGCAACACCACCACCACCACCAUGCUGACACCAACCAUCACGCCCCUCGCGCACGACCCCGACACCACCCAUCGACUCAACGCCUGCGCCUACCAACAAUCCGCCCUCACCACCAUCGCCAACACGCAAUACGCCGCCUUCUACACGGCUUCACCGGACCCAGCGACACGCUUCGUCACGCUCGCGCGCCGCAACCUCAGUGGCAGCGAAUGGCACCUGCUCACAUUCACAGACUACGCGCAGCGCACCGACGACGGCCACAACACGGUGUCGCUAGGGAUAUGCGCAGGCGAUGGCACGAUCCACCUCGCCUUCGACCACCACUGCGACACGCUGCACUACCGGAUCUCGCGACCAGGGCUAGCCUCCGACACACGGGCCGCAAGCUGGACGCCGUCGGCUUUCGGGGCCGUGCAAUCGCACCUCCCAGGCUGCGAUCCACGCACCCCGCUGGAGGAAAUAACCUACCCGCGCUUCGUCCCAGCAGGAGAUAACUUGUUCUUCGAGUACCGCAUCGGGAGAGCAGGAGCCGGCUCGGAAGCGCUCUACCUGUACACCCCCGCCCCCACCUCCAAUCCUGAUCCGAACCCUAACCCAGGUACAACCACCACCACGACCGCGGAAACGAUAAGAAAGACGGGGGAAUUCCACCCCUACACCCCAGCCCCAGCCCACACGCCCAGCUCACGCCCAAGCCUAAUCCAAAACAAAGCAAUCUACCUACAAGGCCAAAACAACAACCCCUACCCCAACGGCCUCACCUACCACGUCCCCAGCAACAGCCUCCACCUCACCUGGACAAACCGUCUCUUCCUCCCGUAUCCCGGUGCCAACUCGCCAGACUCGACAGCCCACAAGGCGCAGGCCGGGCCCAAUGGACCGGAGAAUAACGAGGGGUUGUACUAUGUUUCUGCUGUACUGGGAAAUCUGGGAGAUGACGGGGUAGGGGUGGAGUGGAGGGGGUGCAGAGGGGAUGUACUUGCUUUUGGUUCUUUCUACCCACAUACUCUGUCCCGGAAUGGGGGGCUGGCGAGGGAGGGGCAUGGGGUUCAGGAUGAGGGUGAGGAAAGCCUCAACUCCCAAGACCCCAAGCUACGGGUGCGUGAUCUCCCGCCCGGUAGCGGAAUUAUGAACCAAGAAGCGCAGUUUGUUGACGCGGAGGGCGGGGUGCAUGUUCUUAAUCGUGAGAAUACGCGGGGUCAGGGGGUCGAGUGGGUUUAUUAUUUCUGGUCUGGAAGCCGGGAUGAAGAGUGGGAGAGUUCUGUGCUUGAGGGGGUUGGGCCUGGGGAGUUGGGGCCGCGGGGAAAGGUUGUUGUUUAUCGUCGGUCUGUGUGGUUUGUUUUGCCAGUUAGUCAAACUGGGGAGGUGGUGGUGGCGCGGUGGGCGAGGGAGCGUGGGCUGGAGGUGGUUUGGCGUGGAAUGGGAUUUGACGGUGAGCCAUUGGUGGAUGAGCCUGCUUUGGAAGCGGGCGGGAUUUUGUCGGUGUUGAUGCUUAGGAGGGAUGCGGUGGGGAGACAGGUGGUUGUUGUGGCAUUUGAUUUGGAGAGGUUGGUGUAGACUGUAUGGACUGGGGUAUAGCUUGAGG